UCCUCACUGGUCCCUGGGAGUCGGGCGUGUGCGCAUGCUCCGUGCGCCGGGUCGCGCUCUGGGCGGCGGAGCCUGGGCGCCUCUGCUCCAGUUCCCGAUGAGCUUCGGCGUGGCAGCCUGGUGUCGGCCCCGGGCCAGCGGGAGGGAGCCCUGUGGGAGUGGAAGGCCUGACUUCUCCACCUGGACCGCGCGCUCCCCUGGCCGAGAGGGCAGAGCGCAGGUUUGCUUUGAGGUUACGUGGGUAUGAAAUAUGGAGUCAUCUUUGGUAACUUCACCCAGGAAAGGGAGAGCCUUCUUCCUCAUUAAGAGACCAUAAGGACAGCAGUGACCAAAGGAGUCAUGCCAGAUGCCACCUCUCCAUCAAGACAAAUGGCUUGUGUUUUAAAGAAAAUGAUUUGUUCAUUGACAUUUUUACCAGUUUAAAAAAAUCUUUUUCAUUUUAAACUAUACAAAUCUCUUAUACAAUUUAACACAUAUAAAAAUCUUUGAGGCUUUGUUUAAGAUAGCUUUCUUUUUUAACUUUCAAAACUUAAUGUUUAUGUACCCUGUUUUGACUUCGCAAAGUCCUCGAAAUUUACAGCAUCAGGAAAGAUAUGAACUUGGAAACUUACAUUAUAAUAGACUGCAGUGACUUUAAGUGGACAGACAAUUCAAGAUAUCAUCCAAUUUAUCAUCAGAAACUUCACAUAAGUAUAUGAUUCUUAGCUUUAAUGCAAACGAAGUUGCUCGAAAAUGGCGUGGGUAAAAUUCCUACGGAAACCCGGGGGCAAUCUUGGAAAAGUCUAUCAGCCAGGGAGCAUGCUGUCCCUGGCCCCCACCAAAGGCCUGUUGAACGAGCCAGGACAAAACAGCUGCUUUCUCAACAGUGCCGUCCAGGUUUUGUGGCAGUUGGAUAUAUUCCGAAGAAGCUUGCGGGUUCUGACUGGACAUGUUUGUCAGGGAGAUGCCUGCAUAUUUUGUGCACUGAAGACGAUUUUCGCGCAGUUUCAGCACAGCCGGGAGAAGGCCCUGCCCUCGGAUAACGUGCGGCACGCGCUGGCCGAGAGCUUCCGCGACGAGCAGCGCUUCCAGCUGGGCCUGAUGGACGACGCCGCCGAGUGCUUCGAAAAUAUAUUGGAGAGGAUUCAUUUUCACAUAGUGCCAAGCAGAGACUCAGACAUGUGCACCUCUAAAUCCUGUAUCACUCACCAGAAGUUUGCUAUGACUCUGUAUGAGCAGUGUGUGUGUCGUAGCUGUGGAGCGUCAUCAGAUCCCCUGCCUUUUACAGAAUUUGUGCGGUACAUUUCGACAACAGCCCUGUGCAAUGAAGUUGAAAGAAUGAUGGAAAGGCAUGAACGUUUCAAGCCUGAACUGUUUGCAGAAUUGCUGCAAGCAGCAAAUACUGCUGACGACUACAGGAAAUGCCCUAGUAACUGUGGCCAAAAAAUAAAAAUCCGCCGUGUGUUAAUGAAUUGCCCAGAGAUCGUCACGAUCGGCCUGGUCUGGGAUUCCGAGCAUUCUGACCUGACGGACGAUGUCGUUCGCCACCUGGCAACGCACCUGCAUCUGCCUGGGCUUUUUUAUAGGGUUACUGAUGAAAAUGCCAAAAAUAGUGAACUUCACCUUGUCGGCAUGAUCUGCUACACCAGCCGACAUUAUUGUGCCUUUGCGUUUCAUACCAAGAGUUCCAAAUGGGUAUUUUUUGAUGAUGCAAAUGUGAAAGAGGUUGGCACCAGGUGGAAAGAUGUGGUCUCCAAGUGCAUCCGGUGCCACUUCCAGCCCCUGCUUCUGUUUUACGCAAACCCUGAGGGGACAGCAGUUUCUACUGAAGAUGCACUCAGGCAGGUCAUCAGCUGGUCCCAUUAUAAAUCCGUUGCAGAAAACAUGGGAUGUGAAAAGCCCUCAAUUUAUAAUUCAAAAGAUAAUUCAAAAGAAAAUGGAUUUGGUGAUCAGGCAAAACAGAGAGAAAAUCAGAAAUUUCAAGCAGAUAACAUUUCAUCAUUUAGUCGGAGCCACAUUCAAACAAGUGGUGGUAGAGGACCAGUGAAGCUAAGUCACAGCGAUCAAAGGGAAAAGAUGAAAGGUAUUUCCAGAGAAUGUGCUCUGAAGGCCAUGGAACAGAGAAACUUACUUUGCUCACAAAGAAGAGAUCUGGAGAGGGGACAAAGGAGAGACUUGGGUCGACAUAGAGAUUUGGUUGAUGAAGACAUCCCACAUUUCCAGCCUGGAUCGCCUCCUGCCCCCAGCGGCUUUAGGCAGCGUGGCCGUCCACCCGUGUGUCACAGUCAGGCGAGAGGGCCGUGCAGACACGACCAGGCUGCCCAGCAGGGCCGCGCUGCUGCCCAGAUGCCGAAUUCCAGGAAAGCCCAGAUCCUUGUUCCGGGAGAGAAACCUGGCAAAGUUAAGAGUGACGGUGGCACUGGGUAUGACACAGACAGUAGCCAAGAUUCGAGGGAUAAAGGAGGCAGCUCUAACGGCAGCAGUAGGAGCCGGAACCGAGGCUGGAAACCUCUGCGGGAAACCUUAAAUGUGGACAGUAUUUUUAAUGAAAGUGAAAAAAGGCAGCAUAGUCCAAGACAUAAGUCAAAUAUCAGUAACAAAUCUAAAUGUAGCAAAGAUCAGAGUUUUAACAACUGGCCAAAAGAGAGUCCAAAGCAAAAAUGUUUAAUGACCAUCUAUGAAGAUGAAGCAGGAAGCAGGAGCUCCCUGGAAUGUGAUGGAAAAGGAGCGGAGAACAGUACAAGCCUCAAAGAGACGAAAGCCCACGGCGACCGCUGGCAGAUGCAGAGGACUGAGUCUGGGUACGAGAGCAGCGACCAUGUCAGCAAUGGGUCUGCUAAUUUGGACUCCCCCGUCACAGAUGGAAAUGGUGCAGUCUUGGAGCUCAGUGGCGCUGGAGACACAGCACCCUUCAGUGACCAGAUUAAGACAUGCAACGUAAAUAUAGAAUGUGUGAACAGUGCCUCCCAACAGAUCAAAAACCACUUAGAAGGCUUCAGGAAAGAACUCAAGAACUUGGAAGUAGGCGGCAAAGCGCAUGAGCGCCAGCCCGAAUCACAUGUACAAGUGAACAAUCCUUUGAUUAACAGGUCACACGCACGUGAAUCCAACGGAAAGUUAUUCCCUUUGUCCAGUCCGCCAGUACUCAAGGACCAGAUAGCAAAUGAGCAUAUCCACCAGUCAGGUGAACAGAAACUUGAAAAAUCAAGUGACUGCAAAUUUUCUGAGUGGCACAAUAUAGAAAAUGCUGAGAGAACAGGUUUACUUUUUCACCUCGAUGAUAAUUCUGCUUCUGGAAGGAAAAUGAGCAGUAAUGCAAUCGUCUCGCCAUCCUCACCGUGGCCCUCACAAACGAGAACUGCUGGCUUAAAGCCAGAAACUGCUCCUCACACCAAGCAGCAAACGGGGGCAGAGCAGUGUUACGCCGAGAACUCUGUGUCCGGGGAGCAUGUAGUUCAGGCAGCCUACAGGUCUGAUGGGCGUCUGGUGCCAAAACUCCUUUGCCAGAAUAUACCACCGCCUUUGCCACCAAAAAAAUAUGCAAUAGCCAGUGUGCCACAGUCAGAGAAAAAGGAUUCUGCGCCUGACGUCAAACUUACAGAGAUGCUCAAAGUUGGUCCUUCUAGUCUUCCGAAACAUGGCUUCAGUACAGCUUCAGAACCAGGUUCAGAAGCGAGUGCACAUUUAAAUGAUGAAAGACUCAAGGAAACAUUUCAAGUGAAAGAGCAUGUGGGCAAUGCGCCGAACCAGCCAUCCAGCUCUUCCGCUCACGACGUUCAGGCAGAUGUGGGUCCAGCUGUCGAUGCUUCGUGCCAGGCAGAAACAGACUCCAGUUCCACCUGCCCAAGUGAGACAAUUUCGUUAACUACCUAUUUUUCAGUUGAUAGUUGCAUGACUGAUACGUACAGGCUGAAAUACCAUCAGAGGCCCAAGCUCUGUUUUCCAGAGAGCAGUGGCUUCUGCAACGAGAACUCACUGUCUCAGAGUGAGCGGGGGCUGGGACCUGCGUUACAUAGUAGUCUUAGUUCAAACCGCCCCUCUGAGCAAAGAUACAAACCUGGCAUACACUGUAAUAGGUAAACGAUGAAACCGGCACACUCACUCUCAGACCAGACGAAACCUAGUGCAAGAUGAAAUUAAAACCGUGGCGUUUUUAAAGCCACUGAUCACUUUAACUUCCUCUCUAUAUUUUUUCGUUUUGUGAUAAUCAACUUAUUGGAUAUUUUAGGGAACCCUUUGAACAGUCUUGGCAUGCUUCGAAAAAAUAGAAAAUGAGGUGCAAAAACUCAUUUACCAUUUGCUGCUGUUGAAUAAGAAUGGAAUUCGUUCCUGUUUUUGUGUUGGUAGACCCACAGGUGUUACACUAACCAGUACUCGUGUUUGUGGGUUGGUAAACUGUGCUAACUGAAAAUGCCAUAGACAAAUGGCUUGCGUGGUCAAAGCAGGAUUCACUAUAUAGGACUUUGUCACAACCAAAAGAAUGCUUCGGCCAUCUAUUUCCGACUUCUGUGAUAGUCUCUGCAUAUGACUUAAGUGUCUUAGAAAUAUCGACCCAUGAGAUUGACAGCAGUUGACCAAAAAAAAAGCCUUAAUGAAAAAGAAAUUUUUAAAUUCUCAAGAUCAAAACAGAAGAAACUGAAUUUUUCUCCUAGAACUCUACUUUCCAAACGCCUAGUUAACAUAAAUUAGGCCUUUGACUGUUGUGUGUAUUCAUAAACAUUACUACAGCCAGGUAAGCUAAAAAUAAUUAAAAUACUUUCAUGUAUUUAUUUAUCUUGCUACAGUUUUUCUAAUUUCAUAUGAAAUGUGAAAGCUUUUUAUUUUGGUUUGAUUGACUUCGGGCUGCUAGUACCAACGUUAGGAAUAACGUAGUGCCCUCUUCCUGGGAAUCUCACUGUGACUGCCGACAUGUCCCCUGCUGUAAUCUUACCUAAUAUAGGUUGUCAACCCAUUUUAUUUUCUGAUUCUUGAAUUUAAAAAUCUUUCUGGGUUUCCAGAUUAAAUUUCUGCCAUUCAUAUAGAGAUUUAAUUUUAAUAAAAUUUAUUGUUUUGAGCAUCCUUCCCUUUUUUUCUAGCCAUUUUACCCUACUUUCGUGGAGAGGGCUUUUUUAUUUCUAAACAAAAUAAAGGAAUUUUCCAAGAUGAUGAUGACUUUACAAGUGUGAAAAUUCAAUUGCCUUAUUUCAUUAGUUGUCAUUUUAUUUUGUGCUAAGCUAGUAAACCGGCUUAGACUAGUUUUAUCUUGUUCACUCCAAACAAUUGAGAAUGAUAGAAUUAAAAUUUUAAAGUUUAUAGCUAUAACUUGACAAUUCUAUAAACUAAUUAGUAAAUUUAAUAUUUUGAACAAUUCCACAAAUUGUCAAAUAUUCCACAUUGUAAAUGAAUGAAAAUACUUCUAGACAAAAAGAAAGUAAUUGCUUAUAAAAGUCUAACUUCACCCAGUUACCCAGUCUCGGUCAACUUUGACUUCAUACUAGCAGUUUUUAAUAGCCUUUUCUAACUAUAACAGUAAGUGAUUAUUACUUUAUAGUCUCUCAAUUUAGAAAUACUUGAAUAUCAAGUAAAUUAAAAUUUAUCUUUUAAGAAAGCUUAUUUUUUAACAUAACUUUUAGUAUGGAACAUUUGUAAAUAUUGUAAACUUUGUAAAAUUGUGUUUGAAAUGUCUGUAUUUAAAUACUGCUUUUGUAACAUUGUGAUAUACUAGAAAAUGGGCCUAUUUCAAGUAUUUUUAAUAACUUUCAAAAACAUUCUGUGUAGGUUUUUUUGUUCUUAAUUUUUUCUUGGUCAAGAUGUCCAGUUGAACUGUGUUGUCUGAAACAGUUAAAACUAAUUUCUGAUAUUUAACAGCAAUCUCAUAGAUUUAUAUUUUCAACUCAGUUGAAUUGCAGAUGUCAAAUAGAAAUGUCCGAUUUUGGCUUUUUUUUUAAAUACUGUCCGGUUGAAACCUCCUGAAUCAUGUUAUAGUACUAACAAACUAGAAACUGACCAUUUGUUUUUAUGUUGAUUCAACACUUCAAAUAUAGAGUGAAUGCAUAUUUAAUAACUAAUCAUUCACAUGUAAAAUUUUUAUUUUUAGGGUGCCUAUUUAUUUUUAUAGGUAUUUCGUUUACAAGCUUAUUAUACUUUUGAAAUAAUGCAACCAGCAAUUGUAAUGUUCGAAAUACUUAUCUUCCACAUGUUCUAUUUUCAUGUGAAAUUGUUUUCUCCAGUUCAGUUUUUUUUUUUCAGAUAAACUGAUCUUUAAGUUGAUAUGGUUGGACUUUUCUUUGCAUUUAUCAGCUAUGGCUUCCUCUUCCCCAAGAUGGAUUAUGUAUUUUAUGAGAAAUGUUAAGUCAAUUUAAAGUUCAAGGAUAUGUGAACUAUCACAGGAGGCUGCUAAGAGUUCAGCUCCAGUGAGGACUUCUACAGGAGUUGGCAAACUUUCUAUACAGCCAAAUAGUAAAGGACUUAGGCUUUGUGGACCUUGUACCAAACCAGCUACUCAGCUCUGCCAGUACAAGGUGGAAACAGCAAUGAACAAUAUGUAAAUGAUGGGCACGUGUUUCAGUAAAACUUUGACACUGAAACUUGGGACUUCAUGUAAUUUUCACAUAACAUGGUCUUUUUUUCAAUCAAUUUAAGAUGUAAACAUAAUACUUAGCUCAUGGGCAUUAUAAAAAUCUGGCCCACUGGCCAUAGUUUGAUGACCCUUAUCCUUAUCUACAUUAAAUGCCUUUACUGACCCUGAAUAUCCUGUGGUCCCUGAGUAUAUUCUAGUGCCAUUUCAGGACUAGGUACAUGGAGCAGUUUACAUCCUAAAUUUUCACUCCUACAGACUUCCUCACAAUUGUUUAUCAGCCAGUUCAUUUCAAAUAGUUAUUAAAGCAAUCAUUUCUCACAUGAAAUUGUUUGUGAAACUUACCAGAUUAAAAUCGCUUUGCUAUUCUUUUGA